ACCAUGUGUUGAUUUGAAUUUUAAGUAACCGAUUCCGGUUAAGCCGACCAGCCAGCAGAAAUGAUACUGGCGGCAACGGAAAAAAAAUGGUAGACAACGAUGGAAAACAAAAAAGGGGCAGACACGUCUUUUAGAUGGAAAACAAAGGGGGGUUAUAAGAUAAUUUCCUUCUAUAAUAGGAAGAUCCCCCAAGAUAAUUCCUUCUAUAAUAGGAAGAGGGCUUCUUAAAGACGAGAGAAACACAAAUUAAACAGUUGGAGAAUCAAGAAGAACAAUAACUCAUCAUCUCAAAAGAUAUGGGUUACUGGAAAUCAAGGGUUGUUCCAACAAUGAAGAAAUUAUUCGAGAGAAUCCCAACAAAGAAGGCUCUUGUUGUUGAGGCUAGCAAGUCCUUAACCUUCGAUGAUUCUAAGGAAGCAAUCAACAAGGAGAUCGAGGAGAAAAGGACAGAACUGGAACCCAAGGUCGUGGAAAUCUACGAAGCAACGUCUGCUGAACUAAAGGCUUUGGUGAAGGAGCCUAAGGAGGAUGGUUUAAUGAAACAUUCGGCCGAGGUGCACAAAUUCCUCGAGGCACUUGUCGAAAUUGGGUUCCCUGGCUCAAAGGCUGCAUGUGAAGUUUCAUCUACUAGCUCCGGACCAGUAACGUUCAUAUUUGAGAAAGUAUGUUUGUUUCUCCCGGGCGAUAAGUCACGGGAGGUGGAUAUUGUGGAGGAAGUCGUGAAAAAUGAAGAACCGGCCAAAGAAGAGGAAGUUAUAAGCGGCGAUAAAGAGAUAGAAAUAGUUGAAGAGAAGAAAGAAGAGGUUCAACAGGCACCGGUUCCUGCCCCAGCGGCUGCGGAGGUGAAGAAGACAGCCGUGGAAGAGGAGAAGAAGGUGACUGUGGAAGAGAAGAAGCCAGCCGUUGAAGAGGAGAAGAAGGCGGCUGCGGAAGAUAAGAAGCCAGUGGAGGAGGUGAAAAAAGAAGUUAUUGCUGCAGCGCCAGUGGCUGAAACUCCAUCGACCAAGGCCUCAGAAACUCUGGUGGCUGAAACUCCGGCCAAGGCUCCUGAAGCUCCGGCGAAGGCUCCAGAAGCUCCGGCCAAGGCUCCAGAAACGCCGGCGGCUGAGCCACAAAAAGCUUGAAUUUUUCCAUAAUACAUUUCUUUAAGAAAAUAUUGAUUUGUCUUUUUUUACAAAGAAAAAAUCUUCGCCUUUACUUGAAUACUCUAAUAUUGAUUGUCUUUGUGUGGAUAAUUUAUUUUGUUUGUUUAAUUUAUUUGCUAUCCAUGUGAAUUUUCUAUACAUUAAUUUGCUUGCUUGAAUUACAUAUUUUGUGAUCCGA